AUGCGGCCGGCCAUCUCUUGCCAAACCAAAUACGCCACGUGUAUAAAAUCGAGUGAUCUGAUCUGGGAAGUUUCGAGCGACGAGAAGGGACGUGGCCUGGCGUACGAGCAGUACAGAUCGCCGUCGCUGAGACGUCGACGCCAUGCUGAUGUGCCUGACGCGACUGGGCGUUGCCUCAGCUGUUUUGUCAAAGCCAACUAUCUCUUGAAUAACCGAGGCCCUUCGGUUGCAGACGGCCAAGCAGCAGACAGUUACCUCUUUAAGCUGGUCUUGAUUGGUGACUCUGGUGUGGGCAAGACAAAUUUGGCAUCCCGUUUUGCCCACAAUGAGUUUCACGGAGAUUCAAAGGCCACUAUCGGCGUGGAGUUCCGUUCUAAGACAAUGGAAAUCGACAACAAGGAGAUAAAAGCCCAAAUUUGGGAUACGUCAGGGCAGGAGAGGUAUCGAGCGGUGACCAGCGUGUAUUACCGCGGAGCGCUCGGCGCGCUGCUGGUGUACGAUAUCAGCCGGCGUAGCAGCUUCGACAACAUUUCGCAAUGGCUCCGAGAAGUUCGAAGCCAAGGGGACAACAACCUGGUGGUCAUGCUGGUGGGCAACAAGACGGAUCUCGCUCAUUUGCGUGCUGUACCUACUGAGAAGGGCUUGGAGCUGGCUGAGCGGGAGGGCAUGUUCUUUAUGGAGACAUCCGCCCUUGACGCCACUAAUGUAGACGAGGCGUUUGAGACAGUCAUUGCUGAAAUUUACAACCACGUCAGCAAACGCCUUCCUUCUCAUGAUGAGGAGAAUGGGAAGCUUAACCUAUCGGCCGGGAAGAAGCUGAACCUUCCUGAUGAUGGGAGUUCUAGGGGUGCGUGCUGCAGCAACUGGGGUUGA